UAAUUUCCCUACAUUUUCUCUUUUCAUUUUUCCUUUCUACGCGUAUUUUUCUUAAACCUUCUUUUCUUGUUCUUCAUCUAUUUCUGCCACCUUCUCUUUUUACCCUAUUUUUCAAUUUAUUUUUUUCUUUUUGGUAGUGUUUAAAAAAAGAAAAAAAAAAGAAGAGAAAAGGGUUUAUGUUUUUCCUUUGAUUUUCUGGUUUUUGUUGAUGAAAGUUGAUGGAAGUUGAUGAAAGAGAAUGGAGUCAAUAAGGAUUUGUAAGGUUACUAGAAUUAUAAACAUAGUUUUGUUUUUCACAUUAGACCUACGUUAAUUUGAUUUUCGUUUUUUGAAAAAGAUUAAUUUUUGGGUGUAAGAUUAUGUGGUAGAAUUGUAAUUGGAAAAAAAGAACGAAGAGAAAAACCAAAAAGAAAAUUACAGCGGGAUUCUUUUUAGCAUAGAGAGAGGAAGAGGAGAAAUGUCGGAGUUGGAGGAGUCGUUGACGCUUGAAAACAAUACUUCAAGCCCUUCUCCUCCGUCACCAUCAAAAGACUCAAAAUCAAAUGAAGAAUCGAAAGAUGGUAAUUCAACGCCAUCGUCGAAUUGGAGCCCUUCACCGCCGAGUGUUGGUGAUGAUGUUUCUAAUAAAAAAGCAUCUUCAUCACCUUCAAACAACGAGUCGUUUGACCUAUCACCACCUUCGCCACCGCCGAAAAAGAGUUCACCCCCUACGUCGUCACCAUCGCCGGAGACACCUCCUAGUCCUUCUAAUAAACAGUCACCUCCUUCACCAUCAACACCAUCAUCAUCAUCAUCACCACCACCUUCACCUCCUCCUCCUCCUCCUCCUCCUCCUCCUGAGGAACAAUCUCCACCACCUCCAUCUCCUACCCCUUCGAAGAAACAAUCACCUUUUUCAUCGUCACCAUCACCGCCACCUCCUAAGAAACAAUCAUCACCACCUUCAUCACCUCCUCCUCCUAAGCAAAAAUCAUCACCACCUUCAGAUAGCUCUUCUAGGAACUCACCACAAUCUCCGUCGGAAAAAUCACCCCUUCCUCCCCCACCUCUUCUGACAACUAGUCCACCACAACCACCAUCUUCCGAAACUUCAAAAUCACUAUAUCCGUCACCUGGAUUUUCAUCCCCAGCACCAAAUGUUGCCACUAAAACAUUGUCGGAACUUUCUCCUCACGCGUCAGCUCUUCGUCCACCGCAAAGCUCCCCUAAUGCAAUCGGCGCUUCUCCCCCUUCAAAAGGUGGCCCUAAUGAUCAAAAAGGACAUGCUAUUGCGAAAAACGCUAAAUAUGAUGUUAUGAUUGAUGCAACGGUGGUAGGGGCUUUUUUCAUCGUAGCAUUCAUUGCCUUGUUUUUCUUUGUGAGGAAAAAAGGGAAAAAGAAAGAAGCCUUCACGCCACCACCUACUAAUAUUGAAGUGAAAUCAGAUGCGGCCUACUAUAAUCCUCAACUUGAUGGCUUGGAUUCAACUUUGGUGAACGGUUCGGAGGCUCAAAGAUUGAAUAAUUACCACGGUCCAGAAUCGGGUAUCAUAGCCGGUUCCAAGACAUUCUUCACGUAUGAAGAGUUGAUGGAAAUGACCGACGGGUUCGCUCGUGACAACAUUAUUGGUGAGGGCGGGUUCGGGUGCGUGUACAAGGGUCGGAUGCCCGACGGGAGGUUUGUGGCCGUUAAGCGAUUGAAGGUAGGUAAUGGGCAAGGCGAACGAGAGUUCAAGGCCGAAGUUGAGAUCAUAAGCCGUAUUCAUCAUAGGCAUUUGGUCUCUUUGGUUGGAUACUGCAUAUCUGAGAAUCAAAGGCUGCUAAUAUAUGAUUUCGUGAGAAAUAAAACCCUUGAACAUCAUUUGCAUGGUAAAGGAAUGCCAGUGCUUGAAUGGCCCCAAAGAAUGAAGAUUGCAAUAGGAGCAGCCAAGGGUUUGGCAUACUUACAUGAAGAUUGUCAUCCAAGAAUUAUCCAUAGGGACAUUAAGUCAGCAAACAUUCUAUUGGAAGAUGAUUUUGAAGCACAGGUGGCGGACUUUGGACUUGCCAGACUUAAUGACUCUAGUCAAUCCCAUGUUUCAACUCGUGUGAUGGGAACAUUCGGGUACUUGGCACCAGAGUAUGCAUCAAGUGGGAAGUUGACGGAUAGAUCUGAUGUUUUCUCAUUUGGAGUUGUGCUUUUAGAACUUAUAACGGGUCGAAAACCCGUUGAUCCGACUCAGCCCCUGGGUGAUGAAAGUUUAGUCGAAUGGGCACGACCUCUCCUCAUUCAAGCCCUUGAAACUAGUGAUUUUAGUGAAAUAAUUGAUGCAAGGCUUGAAAAGCGUUACGUAGAGAGUGAGGUAUUAAUGAUGAUCGAGGCAGCCGCCGCUUGUGUGCGGCGUUCCGCCACAAAACGGCCUCGCAUGGCGUUGGUGGUAAGAGCAUUGGACUUUGAUGGAUCUGAUCUAACAAAUGGGGUGAAAGUCGGUCAGAGCACUGUUUAUGAUUCUGCCAAGUAUAGUGAAGAAAUUUUGAACUUCAGGAGGAUGGCACUUGGCACUGACACCAGCUCGGAAUCGGACAUUUACAGUGACGAGUUCACUUCAAGAGAAAUAUCACGUGGACAACCUUCAUGGAGGUCCGAAUGUAGUUCAAGCGAAUUUACGAGCGGCGAAUCAGAGCUUCAACCUAUUAAAAAAAAUGGUAGUGGAUAUAGUGACAAUGGCACAUCGGGGAACUGCAGCGGCGGUCGCUUCAACUGAUGGUCGAUUGUUUUUGGGUUAAAAUGUUAAUGAGUGUUUUUGCAGGGCAUUUGUUUUGUAAAUAUAGAAAUGCCUUUUUACUUAAAUUCCCUUUGAAAUUGUAAUUUUGAGCAUUGGGGAAAGAUAAAAGUGAUCCUUCUCUAGAGUUACUUAACUCAAAGUUGGGUUUAGUUUUGAAUGAUAAAAAUUGCUCUCAAACCACCUUUGGUUGAACGGUAAGAACGGUAAGAAGCUCAAUGUCGAUUUCAGUAAAAUUUCCGAUUCGAGUCUUAUGGAUGGAGAAAACAAGAAUGUGCCAUUUGUUUAAGAGAGUCCUACUCUGCUUGACUUCGAAUUUAAUCGAAGCCUAAUGUAAUUACCCAACACCAAAAAUUUUAGACAAAAAGAAAAUUGUAUGUAUAUUCAAUGUAAAAGAACGAGGCAAACUGAAAAAUGAUUAAGCACGUUCUUAAAAAGAAAGUAAAUUACUUUUAUUGGUUUUGAAUUUGUUCAUUUAACUAUUGAAAAUUUCAAUUUUAAGUGUAGAUAAGAUUAUAGUUUUU